AUGGACCAAGUCCCGGAUACAGCCCAGCACUUUAUCGAGUGUGACACGGAAUCGUGUGGGAACUUUUCUGCGUUUUACUGUAAUACCUGCAAUCAGCGAAUCUGCUGUCAAUGCGAACAGCAUCAUCUAGAUCAGAAUAAUGGACACGAGAUUGUCCUCUUUCAUGAGAAAAAAAGAAAACUUCCGUCAGAAAAAUGCAGCAUCCACCCAAUAAAUGACAUAAAUGUACACUGUGACGUCUGCCAGGAUCCCCUUUGUUAUAUGUGCUUUGCCCAACAUCACAGUGAUCAUGAUUUCAGUGACUUUGAAACAAUUUACAAUGAUCUUCUGCAGCAAUGUCAGAAGGAAGUUACUCAUAUUUGGAAAAGAGAAAUUCCUAAGGCUAGAGAUAAUGCUGCCUUACUUGAGAAAAAGAAAGAAAAUGUCAAGAAAGAAAUUGCUAAGUUUAGAGUUUCCAUGAAGGAAAAAGCAGAUAAACUGAAGGGUGCUAUUGACAGUAAACUAACUGAUAAUAAUAAAAAACUGAAUGAAAUAGAGAACUCUGUGAUAUCCGAUACUGUAGAACAAUUGAAGGAAACAAAGGAAUAUAUGAAAUACCUGGAAAAAUUGAUUACAGAUUGCGAGAGUAAUUUAUUUUCAAUUAAACCCACUGAACUCACGGAUUUCAUCAGACUUAAGAUAUUUCUUUAG